UAGGGAAAGGGGCAGGACAGGAAAAGGUCGGUCUGAAUGUUUACAAACAGUCCCCCCCCCCCCCGCCCCCUAUGGGGCGUCCCCGUGCUCUGCUGCCUCCUAUUCCCGGUGGCGCCUCCCCUUCCCUUCCAGGGCGUCUGUGCUGGAGCGGCGCCCACAGCGUCCACGCAGGGUCUGGCCCCGGGCAGGGGAGCCAGGAUCGGGGCGGGGAGGAGAGAAGCCGGCCCCUGGUGCCCGCCAAGGGGUCGUUGCAGAACCGGGCAGCCUUGGCAGGAGGUGCGCCCCGGAUUGGCUCGGGUCCAAAGCCGCCCGCUGGGAUUAAUUCGCCUGGUAUCCUCUUUGCUAGCCAAUAUGGACCUAAAGGACCCAGAGACUCUUGCAUCCAUUUCAAACAGCAUAAUACGGCCUCCUGUGCAAUUCCCAGUGAAGACAUUGUAUCGGGGUGAACCGAUGGCCCUGGGGAUCACGCAGAUCUUGAUUGGCAUCCUGGAAAUAUCUUUUGGGCUUGUGCUAGCCAUAGUAGAAAGUCCUCCUACAUUCUAUGACCAAGAAGGACAUAUGCAUACUCCAUAUUGGCUGGGAAUCCUGUACAUCAUUUCUGGAUCUCUUUCUGUGGCGGCUGCCAAAACCCUUAAGGUGCCACUGGUGAAAGGAAUGCUGGGAAUGAACGUUGUCAGUUCCGUGGCAGCGGGCAUUGCGAUUGUGAUGUUCUCUGUUUCAAUAUCUGAUCCAAGACACUACUAUGGCUGUGAGUUCCACUCUUUCACCACCAUGACGCCUGACAUUUGCAAGGAACAUGUCACCAUCCCUCAUAAUCUCAGGCAGUCAAUAACUGCUAUCCUGCUGACAGUCACAGUCCUGGAGUUCCUCAUCAGCAUCACCACUGCUGCCUUUGGGUGUGCCACUGUGUGCAGGAAUGACUACAGCGAAACGACUGUGGUGAUUUUUCAGAAAACGGUUGAGGGGACUGCUCCUGCGUAAGCACUCCCAAGGCAAAUGUACGAGAAUGUGGGCUGGAGGCAUGAGGGGUUUUUUUUUUUGUCCCUGAUCAUUUCCCCAGCGGAGUCUUCUAUAAGCAACUGGACUUUGUUUUGCUUUCUUUCAUUUGCAAAAUAUUUUUUCAUAAACCCUCACUUGGGCUAUUUUUGUUAAAUAAAAAGCACAUUUUCUUA